AUGAUGCAACAAGAAGGAAGUCUCACUAUUGUCGCCCACGCUGCCAUGGAAAUGCCUAACGUUGAGACGUUCGGCAAGCAAGAUCCCUAUCUUCAGUUUUCUUUGAACCUGAAUGACAAGUCGUCAUGGCAAAAGUCCCAUACCCAAAAGGAUGCUGGAAAGAAUGCCACAUGGAACCAGAGUUUUGAGAUCCCCUUGCGUGGUGAACCCGAAUUGUAUGUGGAAGUCAUGGAUGAAGAAACUGGUGUUGACGAGUUGAUUGGUUUUGCUGCUAUUCCAAUUGCACCUGUGGCACAAGCACCUGGUGGCUACGUUAAUGGUCUCUUUGAUUUGUAUACUGUCAAGGGCAAGAGCGGUGGUGUUUUGCAUCUCAGCUUGACAGUGCGUGGUUUCAACAGCCCUCCACCUGCUUAUGGUCAAUACGAUCAGCCUGUGCGUGGCCAUUCCUAUGUCAACGAAGAACAUCUCAACCGUUGCAAGUCCUUACGUAACAAGGCCAUUGCUGGUGAUAUCGGUACUGCUGUUUUGGGUGGUGCUCUUGCAAUUGGUGCUGGUUUCCUUGGUCACAAAUUAUACCAAGAACAUGAACGUAGAGAGCAAGAAGAAGAAGAAAUGGAACUUGAGAAGCAGCGUAUGGAAGAAGAACGUGAACGAAUGGAACGUGAACGUGAAGAAAUGGAGCGAGAACGUGAAGAAAUGGAACGUCGUCGACAAGAAGAAGAGGAACAACAAGAGGAGGAAGAGCGAGAAGAAGAGCAUCAUUGUCAUCACGAAGAAGAAGAUGGUGGUUACGGUGGCUAUGGAGACGCUGCUGAAUGGGAUCCAAUUGGCACCUAUGCACCUGGUGAUCGUGUUGAAUAUCAUGGCCACACUUACAUUUGUCUCCAGGGUCAUACUUCCAAUCCUACUUGGAUGCCAGGUGCUGCUCACUCUCUUUGGCAACCAGAGUAG